AUGCUGUCAAUGUCAGAUGUCAGUUGUAGUGUAGUUGUCAUGUCAUUGUCAAUUGGUAAUCAUGGCGGCUGUGCUGCUGUCAAAUACAAAAUUCCCUAAUAUUAUUAAAAACCAUGUUAGAUUUAGGAAUUCGUUAUCAAGUAAUAAAUUGGUAAUUUUAAAUAAACCACAGUUCAAUUUAAUAUGUAAACAAUAUGCGGUUACAAGUAAUUUUAGGUUUCACAGCACGCAACCACCAAGCGGUGCUGGAGGCUCAGACGCGGCUAAAAACGUACUGGCAGUGGUGUUAGCAAACAAACCAAAAGCUGGAAAAAUUCCAGUUGGUAUCCAAAAGAGAGACUGCUUUCACCCAGGUGCCUCUGUUUUGUCCCGAGAAGACAUAAACUUGGGGGACGCGAAGCCGGUGUCUGGUGCUGAUAUGAUCAGGGGCAUGCUGGCGUACAUAUGGCCUCAGGACAACGCCGCAAUCCGCAACCGAGUGAUGCUGUCCCUGUCCCUCCUGUUCGGCGCGAAGAUAAUGAAUGUUACCGUCCCUUUCCUAUUCAAAUACGCCGUGGACGAAGUGAACGCGGCCACGGCGACUUCUGGAGACGCCUUAUUGGGGAUGGCGACCGUUCCACAGGCGUUGGGAACUACCGCGUUUAGUUUACUUGUUGGAUACGGCAUAGCUCGAGCAACAGCAGCCGGGUUCAACGAGCUAAGGAACGCCGUGUUCGCGCGCGUAGCCCAGCACUCCAUCCGCCGGCUCGCCUGCAACGUGUUCACGCACAUACACAACCUGGAUCUUAGCUUCCAUCUGGGCCGACAGACCGGCGCUCUUUCCAAGACGAUAGACCGCGGCUCGCGCGCCAUCAACUUCGUCCUUUCAGCCAUGGUGUUUAACAUUGUGCCAACUAUCUUCGAGCUGACGUUGGUGUCUUCCAUUCUGGGGUUGAAAGGAGGCUUGGCGUUCACAGGUCUCGCGUUCGGCUGCGUCGGCGUGUACGCAGCGUUCACGCUCGCGAUCACACAGUGGCGCACGAAGUUCCGCGUGCACAUGAACAAAGCUGAGAACGAGGCCGGGAACAAGGCCAUCGACUCGCUCAUCAACUACGAGACGGUCAAGUACUUCAACAACGAAAAAUACGAAUUGGAGAAAUACGACAAGAGCCUCCAAAAGUACGAGGCCGCUUCCCUCAAGACGGCCUCAAGCCUCGCGGCGCUCAACUUCGGCCAACACGCCAUAUUCAGCGGCGGACUCAGCAUGAUCAUGAUAUUGGCUGCCAACGAGAUUGUUAAAGGCAACAUGACGGUGGGCGACCUGGUAAUGGUGAACGGGCUGCUGUUCCAGCUGUCGAUCCCGCUCGGCUUCCUCGGCUCGGUGUACCGCGAGGUGCGGCAGGCGCUCAUCGAUAUGCAGACCAUGUUCACGCUCAUGACCGUGGAAUCCAGAAUUAAGGAAAAAUCCGAAGCUGUACCCCUCAAAGUAGACCAGAACACAGCCACCAUUGAAUUCAAAGACGUCAGUUUCAAGUACAUAAAUGGAAAGCCGAUUUUCAACAAUUUGAGCUUCACUAUCCCCGCUGGCAAGAAGAUUGGUAUCGUUGGAGGCUCAGGGAGUGGUAAAUCAACGAUGGUUCGUCUACUGUUCCGGUUCUUCGAGCCACAGUCGGGCGAGAUUCUCGUGGCCGGCCAGAACAUUCGCGACGUCGACUUGCCCAGCUUGCGGAGAGCCGUAGCCAUCGUGCCUCAGGACUGUGUGUUAUUCCACGACACGAUUUUGCAUAACCUACACUAUGGCGACCUCUCGCGGCCGGUAGAGGAAGUUUACAAGGCGAGCCAGAUGGCCGAGCUGCACGAGUCCGUCAAAACGUGGCCCAAGGGCUACGAAACACAAGUGGGCGAGCGCGGACUGAAAUUAUCUGGAGGAGAAAAACAGCGAGUAGCCAUCGCCCGAGCCAUACUCAAGGACUCGCCUAUAAUAGUGUUCGAUGAGGCCACGUCCAGUCUUGACUCGCUUACUGAACAUGCAAUCCUGCAAGCCCUCAAAGCGGCAACAAUAGGCCGCACGUCCAUCUGCAUAGCGCACCGUCUGUCCACCGUCGCGGACGCCGAUGAAAUACUAGUGCUGGAAAAUGGCAAUAUAACAGAUAGAGGGAAGCACGACGACCUUAUAGCUAAGAGUGGAUCGCUCUACGCAAGGCUGUGGGAGAAACAAAACAGAGAAAUCAAAUGAGUCACGGGCGUGAGAGUAUAGACAAUACAGCGUUGGGCUUACCAAGUACCUAUAGUUUGGCAAGCCGUUUCCGUCAGUAGAAAAAGGCGGCAAAUUUAAAAAUAGUAGGCGCGACGGGUUGUCCUAUAGUAGAAAAUUUUAAUUGCGCGCCUUUUUCAACUGGGUAAAGUGGGUUUGUCAGAGUAUACUAUACAGCCAAGAUGUAUGCCAAUCAUAGACACAAGGUAGGAUUCUUGACUAUGGUUUUGACGAAUUCAUACGCUUUUUUUUAACUCGAGGUAAUCCUUUCUAAAACUUAUUAAAAUUUAAAAAAGGAUUACUGUAGCCGAAUGAAGAAAUGUUAUUGUAUAUAUAUUUAUAAUUAUUAUUUUAAUAUACCUAUACAACCUUCAAUAUAUGACAAUGCUCUAGUCUUGAUAUGGUCACGGUACUCACGGUCUGUAAUUGCCAGCCACUUGUGGCUUUCCAUUAGAGAAGGUUCCUUAUGCUCCAUGUGCAAUAAGGACCUUUUUGUCAUAAUUUCUCUUGGAAAGGACCUUAUUGCAUAUAAGUAAAGCGGAAGGACCCUUCUUGUAAAGGAAAGCCACAUUUGUAGUUGAAGCUAAAUUGUUCCAUAUUGUGAUGUUAACAAGAAGUGUACCCUUAGUGUCUUAUCAAUCAAAUCGUUGAAAAAAAAUCGUUCUCUCAAAUUACCAAUAAGAAGAGAGAACGAUUUUAUGACACAAACAUCAACGAUUUAAUGACGUGUUUUUUUAACGAUGGCAGCGCCAUCUGCUAUGACCUUUGCGCGUUUAUCGUUACUAUGAUUUAAUUGUAAUUAAGAACGGCUGCUAUUUAACUGAUCACCAGAUUUAGUAAAAUUUAAUACCAAAAAAAUCUAUUUUACCACCCUAAAAUAAUAAAUGACCACCAAAAUUGUAACCACAUUUUAAUUAAAAAUGUGGAAAUAUUUAAUAUAUCGUUAUCCUAUUAAAUUAAUUAAUCCACUUCGUCAUCAUUUUCUAGUAGCAUUUUAUUUCUGUAACAGUCGCAGUUCUAACCUAACCUUACCCACUUUUCUAGUAGCAUUUCGUUCCUGUAAGGGUCGCAGUUCAAACCUAACCUAACCCACUUUUCUAGUAGCAUUUCUUUUCUGUAAGGGUCGCAGUUCAAACCUAACCCACUUUUCUAGUAGCAUUUCGUUUCUGUAAGGGUCGCAGUUCAAACCUAACCUGACCCACUUUUCUAGUAGCAUUUCGUUUCUGUAAGGGUCGCAGUUCAAACCUAACCCACUUUUCUAGUAGCAUUUCAUUUCCGUAAGGGUCGCAGUUCAAACCUAAUCUAACCAACUUUUCUAGUAGCACUUCGUUUCUGUAAGGGUCGCAGUUCAAACCUAACCUAACCCACUUUUCUAGUAGCAUUUAGUUUCUAUAAGGGUCUUAGUUCCAACCUAUCCUAACCCACUUUUCUAGUAGCGUUUCGUUUCUGUAAGGGUCGCAGUUCAAACCUUUUUUUUUUUUUGAUGACCCAGGGGGAAUCCUUUAUGGAUCUCACUGGCCCGGGAGAAGCUCAGUGGGUAUGUCCGACUUCCACAGACUAAACCCCCUGGGGUGUUCCGCCGCGCGCUUUGUUGGCGGGGUUACGGGAACUCGAUUGUAGACCUCCGAUACCCCGUCGGCGUUGCUCUUGCGAGCCCAUCAUUUGGGGCUGCUCUAGCAGCUUACUCCGCUGAAGGCUCCUCGGAACACUUGAGGGCCUUCCAGCUCGAAACCUCUUCAGGCGAGUGAUGGAACUCCCGACCCAUCACCCGCAGGUUCCCGUUAAGGCGGCAUUAUCCUUGCUGCGAAGGCUCUUCUCCGCCUACCUGGCCUCCUUCGGCGCUGAGGAAGCGAGUUUGCGUCGUCCUCGCGCGAUCGUUCUGCGGUUUCCUUUUGUGUCAGAACGGUGACGCUAAAGGAAGCCACUGCCAACCAUGCCUCCUCACUGCUGAUCAUACGGCGUAUUAGCGCCGGCAGUGAGAGGUCUCCUCCCACAGCCGCGGCCAGGGCAGCGCGAGGCUCCGCCCAUGCAGGGCAUAUCUCGCGCGUGUGUUGGGCCGUGUCCACGGCUCUUCCAUCACAAUGGUGGCACACUGUCCUCGGCUCUCUUCCCACCCUCUCACACAGGUACCAGCCGAAGCAGCCGUGCCCCGUCAGGAGCUGUGUGAGGUGGAAGGAGGGUACACCGUGCUUGCGUUCGACCCAUUCUUUCAGAACGGGCCGAACAGCGGCCACCAGGUCCCGGCUAGCUCCCGGGUCGCAGUUCAAACCUAACCUAACCUAACCCUAACCUAACUAAGUAAUUUUGGCAUCAUUUUACUUUAUUUGGUAAUAUAUAUACAUUUUUUGGUAAUCAUAGUGGUUUAUUUAGGUGAAAAUAUCACAUUAAUUUGGUCUUCAAGAUUUGGUGACCAUUAAUGAUUUUUGGUGAUCAUUCAAUAUAUUUGGUACUUGAAUACAAUUUGAAGUGCAGUCGUAAUUAAAUCGGUAGUACUUUUGUAUUUUUAGGCCUUAUUUUUUUGGUGUUCAGUAAUUUUUUUUGGUAAGCAUGAUUUUUUUAUUUAGGGUACCAAAGUAUUUUUUGGUGGUCAUUAUAUUUGUAGCCAUUAAGAACUUACGAGUAUGUGCCUGGUGCACACAUGUUAAACAUUUUACCGAUGUAUUAUUUCCACAAGUAUGUGUUGUUUCCAAUGUAUAUGUCCGGUUUUAAGACUACGGAAUAAAAAUCGUUAUUUGACAAACUAACCAAGAAGAUUUAGGGUCAGUUGUACCAAACCAUAUGUCACCGUUAAAACGUUCGCAAAAUUUUGUUGUAUGAGUGUGUGAUAAGUGUGGUUGGUGCAACCGGACCGGGCCUUAAAAGUGUCAAUGUAAACAAACGAAAGUUACACAUUAUAAAGUGUUAUUUGACUGUUGUAUUGUAAAAUUUAGACCAUAAAACACGUCGUUGAGUAUUUGUACAGUUGAUUAAGUAUAUUAUUUUGUUUA